AUGCAUGAUGCAACCAUCGCAGCCUCAGCCAGCACCACCCCACCACCACCUUCAAUGAUACCAAAUCAUGGAUUAACUAGUUUAUUAUCAAAUGUUGCAUCAAAUAUCUCUGCACAUCAACAACAACACCAUCAGCAACAGCAACAACAACAACAAUCUCAAAAUACCUUUUUAAAACCACCUUUAAUUCCUACUGGUCGUACAUCAAAUGCUCAAUUGUUACAAUUAUUAAGAAAUGUAGCCUCUUCCUCCUCCUCCUCUUCCUGUUCUUCUUUACCAUCAUCUUUGAAUCCUUCAACCUCUCCACGGAAUAGUUCACCUGUUGUCUUAAAUGAUUCUUCAAUUCAACAACAACAGCCUCAACAGCAAAUGUCAACAUCGGUUUCGUUAUCAUCUACGGAUUAUUUAUCUUCUUCUUCUUCUAAUAAUAAUAAUAAUGAUCAAACACUUUCUUCAAAUCCAUCACCAAAUCGAUUGUCUUUAAAUGCAGCUACACCGACAACUGUCGCUAAUACUAAUACUACUCCUCCUGUUGCUAACAACACUCCUAUGAAUGGACUUAAUCUCCUACCAGAUUUUGAAGCAUUACUAACCAAUUCUAAUCCAAAUAUGAAUGAUUUUAUUUAUUGUUUAGUUCAAUCAAUUCUACUUAAUCAUGCUCAGGCUAGACAAAAAGUUAAAUGCAAGAAAGAGGUACCAACAACGUUAGAUUCAACAGCCUUACUGUCAUUUCUCUCUGGAACUGGGAAUUUAAAUCCUACCAAUAAUUGUACGUUGGACAGCGUGAAUUCUACUAUUCAGCUACGUCAAGCAUUAGAAAGUUUAAUUAAUCCAACUAUUUCCUCGUCGGGAUUUGAUCAAACUUCAUCGCAUAGUUUAUUAUCAUCGUCAUCAACAUCAUCAUCAGCAGGAGAUAUGCUUGAUAGUGGAUCACUUACUCAAGCUUUUCAACAAUUGACUAAUUUAUCGUCUACGCGUAAACCAUCUGGAAUCGGUAAAGUUAUGUCUUCUGGUGGCGUUGUUGGCUGUGCUGCUUCACUUAUACCGAAUGAAAUUAAUAACAAUACGAAUAAUAAUAACACUCCAUCUACGGGGAAUAUUUCAUUUGAUCUUCUUGCCCAGUUAUCUGCUGCUGCUGCGGCAGUCGCAGCUACCACUACACCGACUCCUGCUCCAGAUAUUGUCAGUCAUCUUGCAAAUUUGACAACUUCGGAUAGUUUCAAUUCAGUUCUUCCAACUGAUGACAGUCUAUCGUCUGCAUUACAAAAUCUUCUAUUCAAACAAAUGUUAAGCGUGAAUACCAGUUCAAAUGCUAUACCUCUUCAUCACUUGGAUCGACAAGAAAUCUUUUGGGUAGUCUUACGCAAUCUGUUAAACAUACAAAUCUGA